AUGGGCCUCGCCUCCCCGGCCUCCAUGUACCACCAGAUGCGUGUGCGCGGCCUGCAAAGGCCCGCCACCAUCUCCGUCGUCUUCGGCGCCGUCCUCGCCUUCGUCUACGUCCUGUUGCAGUCCUCGGCGCCCUGGAACCUGACCUCGUCACAUACACGGUUAGGGAAGGAGUACAAGAUCCCCGUCCGCCAGAUCGAGGGCCUCGCCGACGCCAUCGCCGACAUGUGGCGCCCGCUCGUCCUCGACAUCAACGCCGACAACUUCACGGCCUGGCUCUGGGGCGACAACGGCACGCCGUACGUCAUGCCCGCCAAGACGAAGCGCCACUGGACGACGCCCCUCGGCAAGGACGUGCUCAUCCUCGACGUCGACACGCGCCCGCUCGAGCAGAUGCGUUCCAAGGGCCGCGUCCAGAGCGACUAUCGCGCCCUGUUCGAGGACGACCAGCUGACGCCGCGCUUUGCCGGCAUGCUGAACCACUACAUCUAUGCCCAGAUCCAUGGCUACGACUACAAGUUCAUCCACGCCUCGGAGCUGUCCGACCGCCACCAGACGUGGGUCAAGGUGCCGGCCAUCAAGGAGGCCCUGCUCAAGUACAAGUUUGUCGUCUUCGCCGACGCCGACGCCCUCUUCAACCAGCCCGACGUGCCCCUCGAGUGGAUGCUCAACUACUGGAACGUCCACCCCAAGACCCUCGUCGCCAUGGCCGAGGACCCCAACUCGCCGACGAACCAGGACCCCAAGGGCUGGGUGCUCUGGAACACGGGCUUCGUCGUCGCCCAGCAGGGCGAGCGCACGCAGGAGCUCUUCCGCCAGUGGGACGACUGCCCCUCGGGCCGCCAGUUCCCCGACUGCAAGCGCUGGGCCCACGACUGGGCCCACGAGCAGGCCGCCUUCGGCCACCACCUGCGCUACGCCUGGAACAAGACGGACGACCUGCGCGCCAUCCCCUGCAUGGACGCCAACGGCGCCCACCACUGCGGCGACCGCAAGUGCCUCGGCAUCUACGUCUCGCACCACUGGGGCAAGAAGGAGGAGCCCAUCCAGGACCUCUGGCGCCUCGUCACGCGCGCCGUCACGCGCUACGCGCGGCAGGGCCGCCCCGAUCUCAUCUUCAAGGCCUUCAUCAACCCCAUCCGCCCGCCGCCCAACUGGGCCUUUUACGAUGAGAUGCUGCGAUUCGACGAGGCGUAG